GAAUAAGUGUCAAUUUGUUAAUGAUUAUGAUUAUUACAACAACAACAAAGGGAAAAAAAGUAGUAGUAGUAGUAGUGAGAAAAUGACUAUGAUGUUGUUAGAGAAGAAGAAGAAACAAGUGUUGAGAGUUUUGUCUCUCCCCAAGAUGGGAAUGUUCCUCCAUUUGUUGGUGUCUUUGGGAAUUUUGUUGGCUGAGAUUCAUGUCAUUUCUUCUUAUACUGAUCCCCAAGAUGCUGCUGUACUUAGAUCUUUGAAGGAUAUAUGGGUAAAUACACCACCAAAUUGGGAUAAAUCAGAUGACCCUUGUGGAGCACCAUGGGAAGGAGUUACAUGCAACAAAUCAAGGGUUACUUCAUUGGGACUUUCAACCAUGGGCCUCAAAGGUAAACUAAGUGGGGACAUUGGUGGACUAACAGAACUUAGAUCUUUGGACUUGUCAUUCAACAAAGGUUUAAAAGGUUCCCUGUCUCCAGAGAUAGGAGACUUAAGCAAUCUGAAUAUUCUCAUCUUGGCUGGUUGUAGCUUCAGUGGCAGCAUUCCGGAUGCAUUGGGAAAUCUUUCACAGCUAUCCUUUCUGGCCUUAAACUCAAACAACUUCACUGGAAAAAUACCACCUUCAUUGGGUAAACUCUCCAAACUUUAUUGGUUAGACUUGGCAGAUAAUCAACUCACAGGACCUAUUCCAGUUUCAACCUCCACCACCCCUGGAUUAGACCAACUUCUAAAGGCUAAGCACUUCCAUUUCAAUAAGAACCAGCUUUCAGGUACCAUUUCCCCCAAACUUUUCAGCUCUGACAUGGUGCUCAUACAUGUAUUAUUUGAUGGAAAUGAUUUAUCUGGUGCUAUACCAGAAACAUUAGGACUAGUUCAGACACUUGAGGUUCUUCGGCUUGAUAGAAAUUCCCUGACAGGAGAGGUUCCUACGAAUCUCAAUAACCUUACAAACAUCAAUGAAUUGAACUUAGCACACAAUAAUUUGACAGGUUCUUUGCCAGAUUUAAGUCACAUGGAUACCCUCAACUAUGUGGAUCUUAGUAACAACUCCUUUGAUCCCUCUGAACCUCCAGUCUGGUUCUCAUCUCUACCAUCACUCACCACUCUUGUUAUGGAGUUUGGAUCCUUGGAAGGUCCUCUUCCAUCAAAGCUCUUCAGCAUUCCUCAAAUUCAGCAAGUGAAACUGAGGAACAAUGCAUUGAACAAUACAUUAGACUUAGGUGACAACAUUUGUCCACAAUUGCAGCUUGUUGAUCUUCAAGACAACCAGAUUUCCUCAGUAAUCCUCCGUUCGCAAUACAAGAACACAUUGAUCCUUAUAGGAAAUCCAGUGUGCAGUGUUCUCUCAAACACAAACUACUGCCAACUUCAGCAGCAGCCUAAGCAGCCUUACUCGACAAGCUUGGCGAAUUGCGCAGGCAAAUCUUGUCCGCCGGAUCAAAAGCUUAGCCCUCAAAGCUGUGAAUGUGCAUACCCUUAUGAAGGGAUGUUGUACUUCAGAGGACCCUUGUUUAGAGAACUCUCAAAUGUUAACAUUUUCCAUGAACUUGAGAUGAGUUUGUGGGUGAAGUUGGACCUAACACCUGGCUCAGUUUCUUUGCAAAACCCUUUCUUCAAUGGUGAUGAUUAUCUUCAAGUGCAACUAGCUUUGUUUCCUCCAUCAGGACAAUAUUUCAAUAGGACUGAAGUUCAAAGAAUUGGGUUUGAUUUGACCAACCAAACUUACAAGCCUCCUAAGGAGUUUGGACCUUAUUACUUCAUUGCAUUCCCUUAUGCUUUCCCAGAUUCUAACAAAGGAAAUUCUCUUAGCACUGGUGCUAUUAUUGGUAUAGCAGUAGGCUCAUCAGUUCUGUUUCUGAGCCUGAUAGCUUUAGCAGUAUAUGCAAUCCUGCAAAAGAAGCGCGCGGAGCGAGCCAUAGGAUUAAGCAGACCUUUUGCAUCUUGGGCACCAAGUGGAAAGGAUAGUGGAGGUGCACCACAAUUAAAGGGUGCAAGAUGGUUCUCAUAUGAUGAACUGAAAAAGAGCACUAGUAAUUUCUCUGAAAGCAAUGAGUUAGGAUUUGGUGGUUAUGGCAAGGUGUACAAAGGGGUGCUUCCUGAUGGAAAAAUCGUCGCGAUCAAGCGAGCUCAGCAAGGAUCAAUGCAAGGAGGCCUAGAGUUCAAGACUGAAAUUGAGUUGCUUUCAAGAGUUCAUCACAAGAACCUCGUUGGACUCGUCGGAUUUUGCUUCGAACAAGGAGAACAAAUGUUGGUCUAUGAAUUCAUGCCUAAUGGAACACUUAGAGAGAGUUUGUCAGGAAGAUCUGACAUUCAUCUUGAUUGGAAGAGGAGACUUCGAAUCGCCCUUGGCUCGGCCAGAGGACUCGCUUACCUUCAUGAACUUGCCAACCCUCCAAUUAUCCACAGAGAUGUGAAAUCCACUAACAUCUUACUAGAUGAAAAUUUGACAGCAAAGGUUGCAGAUUUUGGACUAUCUAAGUUAGUAUCAGACAGUGAGAAAGGACAUGUUUCUACUCAGGUUAAAGGAACAUUGGGCUAUUUGGACCCGGAAUACUACAUGACACAACAACUAACUGAAAAAAGUGAUGUGUAUAGCUUCGGAGUAGUUAUGCUAGAGCUCAUAAGUUCGAGGCAGCCCAUUGAAAAGGGUAAGUACAUUGUCCGGGAAGCUCGGACGGCGUUCAACCGGCACGACGAAGAACACUAUGGAAUGAGAGAACUAAUGGAUCAAACUUUGAGGAACACACCAAACCUCAUUGGGUUUGGUAGGUUCCUAGAGUUGACUUUGCAAUGUGUUGAGGAAUCAGCCGUUGACCGUCCAACAAUGAGUGAGGUUGUUAAGGCACUUGAGACAAUCUUGCAAAAUGAUGGAAUGAACACAAACUCAACCUCUGCUUCUUCAUCUGCCACUGAUUUUGGAGCCACCAAGGGUGGAGCAAUGAUGAAACAUCCUUACAUUGAUACUUCAAAUUUUGCAAAGAAUAAGGAUAAUGUGAGUGACAACAACAGUGCCUUUGACUACAGUGGAGGAUACACAAUUUCAGCAAAAGUUGAACCAAAAUAGAUAAAUAUUAUGUUAUAUAUAUAUACAUGUUCUUGGUAGUAGUGGUAGUAAUGCUAUUUGUACAUCAAGAAGUGGAUGUUAAGAGUUAUUGUGUUUAAGAUUCAUGACACAAAAUAUUGAUGAUAGUAAAUAGGUUAAAUUACACAGUUGAUCCCUACACUUUCAGUGAAA